CUGUCUCGGGACAUUAGCUGUCAAAGUCGCCGCAUGUCCAUUUCCCGGUGAUCCCAAGUCCAGAAUCCAGGAAAAGCGUCCAGAAAAAUGGCCCAAAGCAAGCUGAACGACCUGGCCGGAAAGUUCGGCAAAGGGGGUCCGCCCGGGCUGGGGCUCGGCAUCAAGCUGCUCGCACUUGGCGGGGCGGCGGCCUUCGGCGUCUCCCAGUCCAUGUACACAGUUGAGGGGGGCCAUCGCGCCAUCAUGUUCAACCGCGUCGGCGGCGUCCAGAAGGAGAUCUACACGGAGGGGCUGCAUUUCCGUGUUCCCUGGUUCCAGUACCCGAUCAUUUACGACAUCAGGUCGCGCCCCCGCAAGAUCUCCAGCCCCACGGGGUCCAAGGACCUGCAGAUGGUGAAUAUUUCGCUGCGGGUGCUGUCCAGGCCGAAUGCCAGCUCGCUGCCCAUCGUGUACAGACAGCUGGGGCUGGACUACGACGAGAAGGUGCUGCCCUCCAUCUGCAACGAGGUGCUCAAGUCAGUGGUGGCCAAAUUUAAUGCUGCGCAACUGAUCACGCAGCGCCAGCAGGUGUCGCUGUUGGUGCGGCGGGAGCUCACCGAGCGCGCCCAGGACUUCAACAUCAUCCUGGACGACGUUUCGAUCACCGAACUGUCCUUCGGCAAGGAAUACACGGCGGCUGUGGAGGCCAAGCAGGUCGCGCAGCAGGAGGCGCAGCGCGCCGCCUUCGUGGUGGAACGGGCCAAGCAGGAGCGCCAGCAGAAAAUCGUGCAGGCCGAGGGUGAGGCCGAGGCCGCCAAAAUGUUAGGAGAGGCCAUCUCGCGCAACCCCGGCUACCUGAAGCUGCGCAAAAUUCGGGCGGCGCAGAACAUUGCGCGAACGAUCGCCAACUCGCAAAACAAAGUCUACCUGAGCGGCAACAGUCUCAUGCUCAACAUCUCGGACAAGGAGUUCGACGACCAGAGCAACAAGCUAAAAAGUGUAGAACAGUUUGGCCAACUGUUGGCGCAGUCGAGCGGCGCGUCCAUAAUGGGGCUGGCGCAGCACGCGGCCGGUCGAAUCUCGUCCCCAAACUGAUUGGCCACUAAUAAACUUAAUCUCACUACAGUUA